CGCAGUGCCUCUUCACAAUUCCACACGCCCAGGACUGGCAAGCUCUUUUGUCGCAGUCUCUGACUCCGGACAGCCGCAAUGUCGUCGUCGGGGUCUUCGACGGCGUUGAUCAAGCGCUCAUCUGCCCAGGAUGUCGCCGCCAUGCCCCCUCCGCCCUUCAAACGGAUCAAGCGACCGCCUAAAGUCCUAGACGAGGAUGAAUACACCUCUGCCCUCUCCGGCAUCAUUGCACGCGACUACUUCCCCGGCUUACUCGAGUCUCAAGCGCAGCAUGAAUACCUAGCAGCCCUCGAGUCCGGCAACGACUUCUGGAUCGCCGAGGCGGCGCGCAAAUUACGGGAUGCCGCUAUCCCAGCGUCGCAGAACGGCAAAAGAAGGACUGCGCGGAACACACGCUUCAACAGCACGCCCGUACGGAACCAGAACGUUGCAGACACACCACUAGGCUAUACGGGUAGUGAGACACCCUCUGGCACGUCAGUUGAGGACUCGACGCUCGAGGACGACAGCAAGGCUAUCAAUACAUCGACUCUCUCCCUCUCGGCAUUCCAGGCCAAAUACACAUCGGAAGACAACGAGUCCUUCAACGCGCUUCUAGACAAGCAGAAUAUCAAACGCCGUCAGAAGCAUGCGCACCUGUGGACGCAGGACCAGCGAAUCCCAUCUUCUCGACUGAUCGAACACCGCACAAGAGAAGCCCGCCUACUUACUGAUGCACAGACGUCCUCGUCCACAGGGAAGGAAUUAGUCCCGAUGCACACGGGCGCGACAGAGUCUCGACCCGCGAGACCCGAUGCCUGGAAAAUCAAACGACCCGACAAUACGUUCAUGUUCAACGCCACCUCAGUCGACGAGGACGGCCUCCAGACCGUGCAGGAAGUCAAGGAGAAAGAAUCGAAAGCGGGGCCAAAGCAUGUUGUCCAUAGUAAUACGCGGUUCCUGCCCAUGCAAUACAUGGAUGAUCCCGGACCGGUACCGCCCAGCCCGAGCCUGAACACGGAGAUCAUCAACAAGCGCGGUAGACUUGCCUCCAUGUCCACAGAAACCGACACGAAUGCAGGCCUAUCCGAGGAUUAUGCAGGCGGCGAAACACCGCGCGUCAAUGGCUACGCUUUCGUCGACGAAGACGAGCCUGAAAAUACAACCCCCGAGGUCAAAGCGGGACCGACAUAUCGCGACCUCCUGGCCGGGCAGGUCGGCGAUGCGACCCCGAACCCGUUCAGAAUCAAUGAGAUACGCAAACGCGAAGAUCUUCACUUGCGCAUGCUCGAGAAGCAGGCGAAACGGAAGAGAGAGAAGGAUAGGCAGACCGUCAGGCCCGUGGGUGAUAGCGGUAGUACGCCCGCCGGGAACAUGACACCCGCGGCCAGACGGUUGAUGGAGAAAUUAGGUGGACGCACACCGAUGAGGGGACGUGAAAGCGGUGCGGCUGCAAGGGAGAUGUGGACACCUACACCGGGGCGGACGCCCAGGAGACGGGAUCUGAAGAGAUGAGAUGGGCUAUCAAUGAAGCCAUGGACAGCCGUGAAUUAAGAGCCAUGCCCAGUCGUGCCAGUCCAACCGCGUACGCGGUUUCUCUGCUAUAAAAUCUGUAUAAAGC